GCAAGAAACACGCAUAUAAUGUAGUUGGUUUACUGAGCUUGAAACGAGAAGUUUAAGAAAAGUUAAUCUAAAUUGUUCGCUGUGAUAUAAACUUUUUAACAUUUCUCUAAUAUAAAAAUGAGACAUGAAAGAAACUCUAAGCUUGUGAUAUUUUACGGAACAAUACUUUGGAUUCUAACGAUUUCGAUAGUUAAGUGCAGUGCAUUUUCAGUGUCAAAGUCUCAAACUAUUAGUAUUGAAGAUGAUCUAAAUUUUGAUAACUUAGCUUCAUCUAAAAAAGCUCCACUUGUAACACCAACCAUGACAGAAAUAGUUCUCGAUGUUGGAUGCAAUUAUACGCUGCGGUGUGAAUCAAAUGAACCGAUCACUUGGCGGACAUUAACUCCAAUUUAUUUGGAAUUGGAAAUUAACAGUUUCCAAUAUAAUAAUUCCCACGACAAUAAUAGUUUAUAUGGAAGCCAUCUAUAUUUGAAAGAUGUUACUGCAGAAUUUGUUGGAUAUUUCUAUUGUAUAAAAGAGAGUGAACUUACUGAAGAUGGCGAUUACGAUACGUUCGUUGAGGACUUCAAGGCAACCAAAAUUUAUAUUUUUGUUAAUGAUACGGAGGUGCUUUUGGUGCCUAUGUCAAUACCUAUUAUAAGUGGACAUCAAAAUGAAGACAUAAUCGUUCCUUGUAAACCAACUAUGCCAGAAACUGCUGUUGAAUUAAUAACGUAUGAUCAACAGGUGCAUUCCAGCAAAACAUACCAUCAAUAUGACCCGAAACGUGGUUUCGUUCUUCAAAUACAAGGAAUCACUCAAUCGGGAUCGUACGCAUGCAAGCCUCAACAACCAUCACAAUUUAAUAAAAAGGAAGAAGUUGACUUUUUGAUCUUGUAUAGCGAACAUGAAUCUAAUAAUCCUAAACCAACACGGGUGCCAACGCCUCAAAUCAACUCAAAUUUCCAAGGCCAUGCUGUUGAAGGUAAAUCAUUUAAUUUGACAUGUUCUGUGGAGACGUCCUUCGAUGUUCGUCUUUUGAUAAGAUGGGAAACACCAUUAGACAAAAAUUCACUGGAAAGGUUGUCAUAUACAAAUGCCACCAUCGAUCAUAACGAGAAUACUCGUCAUAUUGGGAAAAGUUUCUUGACUGUAACGAAUGCUCAAAAGAGCGACGAAGGCUUUUACAAAUGCAUAGUUCAGGAUCAUUCUGGAAAUAUUGCUCACAACACCUACCUAAUGACGAUUUUAAAAGCUGGUGAAAGUUACAUAAAUAUGAGCGAACCUAACAACUACUAUACGAUCAAAACAAACGCUUCCAAAAACAUUAUGAUGAACGUUAAUUAUCGAGGUUUUCCAAUGCCUAGAUUCAGCUGGUAUGCCCCGGAGGGAAAACUCAUUCAACCGAGCAAGAAAUACGAGAUCAACAAAACCAAUUCUUCCAUCAGUCUGCAAAUCAACUUUGUUGAACUCUUCGAUACUGGGGACUAUGUGCUCAAGGCCAGUAAUGGCGUCGAUGAGAAGGAGCUGAAGUUUACACUUUACGUCAAAGCUAAGCCACAAGUCAGUAUUGAGAAUGUUUACGUUCAGGCUGGUGAACAGGCAAGGCUCUUGUGUAAGACCCACGCUUAUCCAAUUGCAAAGAUUAUUUGGAAUUACACGGGUUGUAAUAUAAGUCCAAAAUGGCCAUCAUGUAAAAAUGAACCUGUCACUUUUAAUUCAACCCGAAACUCAUCUGAAACGUCAAAAAUCGAGAGGAUCAACGAGCUGAUCUUUAAACCAGGCCGUCCCGGAAAAAUGCAAUGUACUGCAAUCAAUGAACAGGGCAUCAGUUCCAACGAAGGCUAUGUCUUGAUUGGAGACAUAACAGACAAUAUGACUGUAUAUGGAGUCGAUGAGAAUCUUCAAAUUGCCAAAGGUGAUGAGGUGAUCAUAACUUGUGCAGCUUUGGCCUAUUACUACUCUGCUGAUCUGGAUUGGUUCAAAGAUAAUCAAAUGAUCACGAAUAGCAGUGGAGUCGAAAUAAAGACAACAUUUUCUAAUUAUUCUUACAAGAAAACCAUCAAGUUCAAAAAUAUCGAAGACGAACAUGCUGGAAGCUAUGAGUGCCGAGCUGGAAGAGCAGACAGCUAUGUGGAUUAUGAUAGCAAGUUCCUAAGCAUAAUUGUCCAUGAACCUGCGGCUCCAGUUUUGAUUCAAACCAAUUUGAAAGAUCAAUAUAAUCGUAAGCUAGGAGAUUCCUUUGAAUUUCUUUGCAAAGCUGCAGGAUUACCCAAACCAACUAUCACUUGGUAUAGGGAUGAUGUUAAACUUACUAUCAGCAACAAUACAAUAAUUAUGGAAGACAACACUAUUUUGAAAAUACCUUAUAUCAAACCAGAUGAUGAAGGUCUUUACAAAUGUGUUGCUUCAAACCGCUUGGGAAAUGUUGAAUCAAGCUCACGAGUGAAGAUCACAAACAUGCCUGGGUUGAAACUUAAAUGGAAAAUUGCAAUCGUGGUUUUUGUUGGUCUUCUCAUAAUUUUCAUCGUCUACUUGGGUGUACGCAUCCUGAACGCAAAAGAGAUCCUUUAUCAAAUGAAUCUGGCCGGUCUGGCAAAUUUCGAGAAAGGCGCUCUCGAACAAAUCAAUCCAACAAUGUCAUUGGAUGAACAAGCUGAACUGUUGCCUUAUGACCGACGUUUUGAAUUCCCUCGGAAUAAAUUGAAAUUAGGGAAACAACUUGGUUCCGGAGCUUUUGGAAUAGUUCUAAAAGCUCAUGCAGAGGGAAUCAUCCCAGAAGAAAGAGAAACUGUUGUGGCUGUCAAAAUGGUCAAACGCACCACUGCCGACAAGGAAGUAAUAAAGGCUCUAGUGUCAGAAUUGAAAAUCAUGGUGCAUCUGGGUCAACAUUUAAAUGUUGUCAAUUUACUUGGAGCUGUCACAAAAAAUAUCGCUGAACGUGAAAUAAUGGUAAUAGUAGAAUACUGCCAUUAUGGAAACGUCCAGAGCUUCUUACUGCAAAAUCGAAAAAGUUUCAUAAAUCAGAUCAAUCCCUAUACAGACAAAAUUGAUCCGAGCAUUUCUGAGAGGAGAUUUUCAACUACUGACUUUGUUGAAUUACGACGAAAUUCUGUAAGGAGCCAACAAACAGAAAAACAUGUUGAGCGUUUGAAUUCGAUGUAUUCUUCAGGAAAAUACGAUUUGAAUGAAUACCAUGUUGACAGUUAUCCAAAUGAACAAAGUGCUUUGACAACAAUUCCUGAAGGUGAAGAUCAACUUACAUCAAAUAAUACCCUCAAAUCAGAAUGGCGUUCAAACAAUUUGAAAGCCGAUCUAUCCAAUACAAUGCCCAUAACAACGUCAGAUCUUGUCAGUUGGGCAUUUCAAGUGACACGAGGCAUGGAUUAUCUGUCAUCGAGAAAAGUUCUCCAUGGUGAUUUAGCAGCGAGAAAUAUUCUUCUUUGUGAAGAUAAUGUUGUGAAGAUUUGUGACUUUGGUCUCGCCAGAUCGAUGUACAAAAAUGAAAACUACAAAAAACAACAUAAAGCCCUCUUGCCAAUAAAAUGGUUAGCCUUAGAGUCAAUUAGUGACCAAGUCUUCAAUACCUAUACUGACGUUUGGUCAUUUGGUAUUAUGUUGUGGGAAUUUUUCUCCUUAGCAACGGUGCCUUAUCCAGGAAUAGAUGCAAAUCAAACAUUGUAUUUGAAGCUUAAAGAUGGCUAUCGAAUGGAGAAGCCACCUUAUGCCAAUAAUGAAUUGUAUGACAUUAUGUUAGAAUGUUGGAGCUUCAAUCCAGAAAGUCGACCACUUUUUCAUGAGCUGGAGAAGAAAUUUGCCAGACUUUUGGGAGAAGAAGUUACAAAUCAUUAUGUGGACCUUAAUGAACCUUAUAUGAAAAUCAAUAAUGAAAUACUGCAACAAUCUGAAAGAGAUUACUUAGCACUGAUGGGAUCACCAGAUGAAGUAGCACCACCUCCACCAAGAUUUUAUGUCAACGGAAACGUACUUUUAGAACUUCAAAACAAUCCUUCUGUAGACUCUUGAGCAACGAGCAAAAUUAGGGAAAAUCGAAUUCAGUGAUAAUUUUAAGUGUCCUUAAUGUCAAAAAAUACUCAGAUGUGAAAAACUGGAAGAAAUUAUAGCAAAGUGUUCACACGUUUUUUACAAGCAGAUAUUUUAACAUUUGUUAAAGAAUUAUUUAUGACCAACAUUUUAUUAAUCUCAGUUAUACGAUUUAUUUCCAGGAUUAAAUUCUUCUAUUUAGAAUAAACUUUUGUUUUACUUUUA